UCCCCGUCCUGGAGCCGGAGUCCGAGGGAGCAGUCGGGGGGUCAGAACCAGAGGCCGGGGACAGCGACACCGAGGGGGAGGAUAUUUUCACCGGCGCCGCGGAUGCCGUGAGCCACAAAUUCUUCUAAGCCCCAGCCAAGCUAUGAGGAGCUAGAGGAAGAAGAACAGGAAGACCAAGUUGACUUGACAGUUGGUAUAACUGAUCCUGAGAAGAUAGGGGAUGGUAUGAAUGCCUAUGUGGCCUACAAAGUUACAACACAGACGAGCUUACCAAUGUUCAGAAGUAAACAGUUUGCAGUGAAAAGAAGAUUUAGUGACUUUCUGGGUCUUUAUGAGAAGCUUUCAGAGAAACACUCCCAGAAUGGCUUUAUCGUCCCUCCUCCCCCGGAGAAGAGCCUAAUAGGAAUGACAAAAGUAAAAGUUGGGAAGGAAGACUCUUCUUCUGCAGAAUUUCUUGAAAAACGGAGGGCUGCUCUAGAAAGGUACCUUCAGAGGAUUGUGAAUCAUCCUACCAUGUUACAGGACCCUGAUGUCAGGGAGUUCUUGGAAAAAGAAGAGCUGCCACGCGCCGUGGGUACCCAGACAUUCAGUGGUGCUGGUCUCCUCAAGAUGUUCAACAAAGCCACAGAUGCAGUCAGCAAAAUGACCAUCAAGAUGAAUGAAUCAGACAUUUGGUUUGAGGAGAAGCUCCAGGAGGUAGAGUGUGAGGAACAGCGCUUACGGAAACUGCAUGCCGUUGUGGAAACUCUAGUCAACCACAGGAAAGAGCUAGCGCUGAACACAUCCCAGUUUGCAAAGAGUCUCGCCAUGCUUGGGAGCUCUGAGGACAACACAGCAUUGUCACGGGCACUCUCCCAGCUGGCUGAGGUGGAAGAAAAGAUCGAGCAGCUCCACCAGGAACAGGCCAACAAUGACUUCUUCCUCCUUGCUGAGCUCCUGAGUGACUAUAUUCGCCUCCUGGCCAUAGUCCGUGCCGCCUUUGACCAGCGCAUGAAGAUGUGGCAGCGCUGGCAGGAUGCUCAAGCCACACUGCAGAAGAAGCGGGAGGCUGAGGCUCGGCUGCUGUGGGCCAACAAGCCUGACAAGCUGCAACAGGCCAAGGAUGAGAUCGUAGAGUGGGAGUCUCGGGUGACUCAGUAUGAAAGGGACUUUGAAAGGAUUUCAACUGUGGUCCGAAAAGAAGUGAUACGGUUUGAGAAAGAGAAAUCCAAGGACUUCAAAAACCACGUGAUCAAGUACCUUGAGACACUCCUGUAUUCACAGCAGCAGGCUGGGGAGCAGUUGGGAAGCAGGUCUGGAAUACUCCUAACCAAGAAAUGCCCAGGUAUAGCCAGGUAUAGUUACUUCCUCUCCACAGGAGUUCACAAGCUUCUGCUCCUGCUUCCCUAUGGAUCUGGAAUUUCCUUUUCUCUGUCUACCUCAGCUACCUGUUCUGAGGGUCUCUUAAUCUAUUUAACUCUUAUUCCUACUUCUUUAGGGAAGGAGUUUUAAACACAUCUCUUAUAAUAAGAGGGACAAAAGCAAUUCUCCUGCAGAGGAGGCCAGCUUUCACUUUUAUUCCUGCCCUGUUUCCCUCAGCUGCCCAGGGUUCUCUGAGAGUCUUGCUUUCUGAUCGCAAAGCCUUGCGUUCUGAACAUCUUUUUGCUGCCCAUCAAAGCAUGUCCUCAGUAGACUGGUCCAUGUUAAAAAUGUAAAGGACUGAUAAGGACUUAGCACUUUAUCCCACUGACAACAGAACCAGGCACUCUGGCUCUAAAUAAAGUCAUCCCAGAAUUCCUAAACCUUCUGAGUUCCAAGAAGCUUCACUAUCUGUGCCCAGGGGGGAGCAUGCCGGCAAGAGGCCCGAGUGUGGUCAGCACAAGCCGAGGGCGUUCAAAGGGGUCUCUGUGCUGGCCUGGCCAGGGAGGCCCAGUCUUGGAUGCACCCGUGCCGGGCUUCCCCUCAGCUGUCCGCAGCUGCUGAGCUUGCUGGUCAGAGCAGACUGUGAAGCUGCUCUGUGGGACAGGCUGGCAGGCUGCCUGCACGCAGGAACCUCCCCACUCCCAGCCCUACCAGCUGCAGAGAUGCCCGGCUCUGUCAGUUCUUGUGGGGGCAAUGUCAACCUUUGGGGAGGGCAGCGUGAGGCAGGAACCGGCAGUAAACAGCAAGCAGCGCUGAUCUCCAGUCCACCAGCCUGACGGGGAGUGCCAGUGCCGGCAAGUACUUUUUCAAUAUGUGGAUUUUUUUAUUUUUAUUUUUUUAGAAAAAGUCACUCAAUCUCUCCCUCCCCGCUAAUAUCCUUUUUUUUUUUUUAACAUCUUUAUUGGAGUAUAAUUGCUUUACAAUGGUGUGUCAGUUUCUGCUGUAUAACAGUGAAUCAGCUUCCCCUAAUAUCCUUAUUACCACCUUUGAUUUUAUCCUUCCAGUCUUAUAUGCUUGCUCUGCUUAGUUGUAAUAAUAUACACAUAAAAUAUUUUGUAUCCUGCUUUUAUCAUUCAACACUGUAUAAGUUAUAAGCAUUUCUUCUAUUUUGUUAUCUAUCUUCACAGACUUUAUUUGUAAGGCUGUGUAAUUUUAAGGCUUCCAUAGAGUGACUGUACCAUAAUUCUGACUCAUCCCUUGCUGUUGGAUUCCUGGUUUGUUUGGUAACUUUUAAAAUUUUAAUAUGAUUUUAAACUUACAGAAAAGUUACAGGAAUAUCACAAAGAACUCCCAUAUAUCCUUUACCCACAUUUACCAAGUGUUUACAUUUUUAUCCCAUUUGCUUUAUGACUUAUGAUUUGCUUUAUCUGUAUUUACAUGUUGUAUUUUCUGAAUCAUUUGAGAGUAAGUUGCAGGCAUUGUACCCCUUUACCCCAAAACUUCAGUAUGCCUUUCCUUAAGAAUAAGGACAUCCUCUCAUAAUUUAUAACCAUAACCACUUAUCAAAAACAGGAAGUAUAACACUGAUAAAAUACUGUUAAUCUGGGCUUCCCUGGUGGCGCAGUGGUUGAGAGUCCGCCUGCCGAUGCAGGGGACACGGGUUCGUGCCCUGAUCUGGGAAGAUCCCACAUGCCGCAGAGCGGCUGGGCCCAUGAGCCAUGGCCGCUGAGCCUGUGCGUCCGGAGCCUGUGCUCCGCAACGGGAGAGGCCACAACAGUGAGAGGCCCACACACCGGAAAAAAAUAAUAAUAAUAAUACUGUUAAUCUAACACGUGCUCUCUAUUUAAAUUGUGUCAGCUGUCCCAGUAAUGUCCUUCAUAGUGAUUCCUGGCGCAGGAUCAUGUGUUACAUUUAGUUGUGACACAUGAUUACAUGUGUCUCUUUUAAUCCAGACUUCUUGAGCCUUUCCUUGCCUUUUAUUACCUUGGCAUUUUUGAAGAAUACAGUCAGGUAUUUUGUAGAAUGUUCCUCAACUUGGAUUGGUCUCAUGGUUCCACAUGACUAGAUUAGGUUUUGUAUGUUGGGCAAGAACACCACAGAAGUGACAUGUCCUCAGUGCAUCUUACGUUGGCAUGUGAUGGUAGUUGGUCCCAUUAAUGCUAACAUUAACUCUGAUCUCUUGGUUAAGCUGAUGUCUGCCAGGUUUCCCUUUUUAAAUUUACUCUUUUCCCUUUUGUAAUAAGUUAUUUGUGGGGAGAUACUUUGAUAUCAUGUAAAUAUUUUAUUCCUCAUCCAGUGUGAUUUUCUCACUCCAUAGUUUCUUCUACAUUUAUUGUUUGGCAUUCUACUUCUAAAGAACAGCAUUUUUCCUCCCUAUUUAUUAAUCUACUUGUUUAUAAGUACGGAUCAAUGGAAUCCUAUUUACUCAAAGUUGCAAGCCAUUGCUUUAAUUUGUUUUGAUUCUCAAACUGUCCCAGAUUUCUAUCCGGCUCUUGUGUCUUUUUAAUAUAUCCCCUUCAUUUUUUUUUUUUUUUUUAACACUUUCUUACUUUCUGGCUUAACAAGAUGCUUCAGGCUUAUCUUGUAUCUUCCCUGCCCCAGCCCUGGAAUCAGCCAUUUCUCCAGGGAAUCAUGAUUCCUUUUAAUGGAGAAUGAUAUUUAGAAACCUAGAGCUGGGUGCUGAGUGUGCCCAUUGCUACUGGGAUGUCAUUGCUUCUAGGCUCUUGGCAGACAGAGCAAGGAAAUAGCUACAGAUAAAAAUAUAUGGAAAUAUUGAGAGAGAUGGAGAUAGAUGAUAUAAAGAAUUAGAUAUUAAAAAUCAUGAAUCCACACUGUUAUUUUCAGUCUAGCUCCAUAAAGUUUAUUCUUAUCUUCUCCCUUUCCAUAUUUGUAACUCUUUUCUCCAGACUAAAUUUUAAAACUUUCUCCUUGCUUUGUUAUGUUCCAUCCAGUGAUCAUCCUGAUGUAAGUCUGUUUUUAUUAUUUCCUUGGGAUGGGCUCCCUUCUGGUUUCAGAACUUCCUCCUCGGCCUCCUAUCUCGAGGCUGAUAGGGCCAGCUGUCUUUGGGGCCUGUGCAUUUCUGUGCAGAGCUUGCGGACAUGGAAAUUAAGAAGGUCAAUAGCAGGUUAAGUGUACUGGGCUGUAUGGGGGGGAUAGUGCCACGAAGAUGGAGUCAUUACACCUGGGGACUCAGGAGAAAGAAACUGGAGAAGGGGAUGUUUGAGCUGUCUUAAAGGUGAAGAGGUGUUUGCUUCUUCUGCUGGGACCAUUCUGCCUCCCUGUGUCGUGUAGUGGGAGGUGGGCACAUGUAGGGAAAUGCAAGCGGCUCGAUGUGGGCAGAGUUAAGUUAGUGGAUGGCCCACGGAGAGUGACGAGCAAGAGCCGGAUCACACAGUGCCUGUGACCUGUGGGGCACUUUGAACAUUAUCCUGCAAAUGUGGGGAGCUCCUGGAGGGACCUAAGCAGGAGAUAACAUGGUCACAUUUGUGAUGUAGGCAUAUCAGAAGGUAUGAGACUGGAGGCAAGGAGAGCCUGCCAGAGUGCCGAGGAGGGCCAUAGUGAUGGUGCUGGAGCUCAGAGAGAGGUGGAGGACCUGGCGAAGAGCCACUGUGGUCUGGCCACCGAUCUGAUGAGAGGCCCAAGGGAGAGCAUGGUGGCUGGCUUGAGCCGCCAGCUUCUGGCUUGGAUUUCAGGGUAGACGGUGAAGCCUUUCAUGACAUAGGUAAUACAGGAGGCCAAAUGGGUUUGGAGCAGAUGGGCAGGAAAGCAGAGGGCACAGCAAGUGCUGACCGUGUCAGAGGCUCCUCUAAAUGGGAAGGGAGGACUGUGCUGAGAGAUGCGGGAGAUCCAGAGUGAAAGCUGGCUUUGAUUUAUUUAAAGGUGGGUCAGACCUAGCAUGUUAAUAAAAUUCAGAGGAGAUAAAGGGAAUAGCCAUCAGCCCUGUCUGGGAGUAAAUGCAAAAAUGCACAGAGCAGGGAGCCUCGCUGCUGGGUGUGGCUGGGGAAGAAUUAAAAUGUUCUCAGAUAGGAAUAUCUAGUUCACCUAUUUUGAGUCAAGUGGUUUAGAGAAGAGGUAUGGAGAUGAGUCUUACUUCUCCUGCUUCCCCUUGGGUUAUUUCCCCCAUGAAUCUCUGGGCUCUGGAGUCCUGAAGGUGAGGGUUUAGAGCUGGAGGAACCCCAGCGAGGAUGAGUAGUCAGUGACAGAACAAACGCAAGAAGUAGAAAUGAUCGGAAGUGUCACACGUAGAGAUAUUUGUAACAUUAAGCUCUUUCCAGAUGCUUUUCAUUGUGAAUGCACCUGUAGCUGAGAACGCUAAAGAAAAUAAAGAAUGCCUGUGCAGCUCAAAUUUUUAAAAGCAUGAGAAGAUAAUGGAAAUCUAAAGAUGGGGUCAGGAACUGGUUGAGGAGGGAACAUGGUGAUGGAAGGAGUGUCCUUUGCUGAACGUGCUUAGGGCCCACAUGGGAUUGAAGACCAUGGAUUCUGAGGGACAGCAGGCCCUAAGGCGGUGGGAUUUUCCCCACCAGUUCAAGCAGCCUGGGGGUUGAGAGGAGGGGAAGGGGAAGAGAAUGGUGAUCCCUCCUGCAGCAAGGAAGGACACACCUUUGCUGCAGUUGCCACAUGACUGAACCGGACACCCGGUCUUCAGAGUCACUGGCUAAGAUUCUCAGCUCCACAUUGGGGAAGAGGCAGGCCUGAGCUCAGAGUUAGAAAUGCACUAGAACAGCUUAUCCCUGUCUUCUGGACCCGGGGUUGGUGUGACAUCUGCCAAUGUCUUGUGAUACCACUUGUGUGGUUUAAUGUUGGCUCUCUCUGCCAAACAAUAAAAAUUCCGUAAUAUUUGAUUUGGGCCUUAGAGUAUCAAUAGGAGCUCAACUGCUACAAGGGAUAGGUUGAGAGGAGGCAGGUGACUGAAGCACAAAAAGCAAUUUAAGGCAUAAAAAAAAUUAGACAAUAAACUCUCCAAAGUGGAACAUGUUUAUCACCCCAUGGCCCCUGAAAAGAUCUGGGCUUAAAAUAGGUGCCAGAUAUCAGUAGGUAACUGUUGAGUGAUCUCCAGCUGUGGGCUCUGCCACCUGGCCUUCACAGCCUUCUGUGAGAGGACCCCAGCUCGCCUUUUCCUGUUUAUCUCCUAGUCCUUCACAGCGGUGCGCAUACCUCCUGGAAACGGAUUCCACAUAUGCCCCUUCCUUCCUCACUCUGUGUGGCCUAAGAAGCCUUUAUUAAUACUGGGCUUUGUUCCUGAAGCACCCUAUCUCAGUCCCCAUCCCUCCCUUCAAUCUCAGCAUUACACCUGUCUGAAACAGCCAGCCUUCAGUAUUGUGGAUAAGAGUGUGAAUAAAUAGAGACGAGGGCAUUGGUUAAUGUGUCAGAACAUUCACUGGGGAUUCCCAUAGACACCUCUAGAAACCAAGUCCAUGAAGAAGACUGUGCAAAGAGGCCCAUCAUAGCAUUGUUUACAGUUGUAAAAUUUGAAAUCAAUCUAAAUGUACAGCAGGAAGGGAUUAAAUGAAUUAUGGUACGUAAUUAGAUAUUAUACAGCCAUUGAAGAUGAUAUAUAGCUAUAUUUAUUGACAAGAAAAACUCAUUUUUGAAUGAAAGUAGGUUAUAGAAUUACAUGUAUGAUAUGGUCUGCAUUUAUAUAAAAUUAUAUAUAUAUGGGAAGGAUGUUGAUCGAAUUGUUAACUAUGGUUGCCUCUAGGGAUGGAAUUUCGCAUUAUUUAAAAUUUUUAUACUAUUUGAUAUUGCUUGGAAUUUCUGUGUAUUACUUUUAUAAUCGUAAACAUUAAAUAAAGCUAUUUUCAUUAUGGGAAAACAA